AUGAAAUAGAAGAGAGUAAUUAAAGUUGAUAAUGAAAGACUCAACAAGUUAAAAACAAAAGAAUCAACUGCUUGCUUAGACUGGGUACUAAAAUAACCUAACAUAAACGAACUUUAAUCAACAUUAUAAUCGAUGUCCUUUAUUGAAUUGCAUAUCGAAAUAGAAAAUGUUGAAAUGUAAGGUGUGUGUCAUGUUAUGUGUAAUAAUUAAAUGCAAUUAAAAUUCAUUUCAAUAGCUAAUGGCUUAUUAAUAUAUUAAGAAACUAAUUGUAUAGUACUAAGUGACUGUGUAAUCUAGAAAAAGAAAUUUCAUUGCCAUCAUAAUUAACUAUUUUUGAUCGUAAUUUAAAAUCACGGAGGAAAACUUAUAUUGAUAUUCUCACAUCCUAUGUCAUAGAAAGAAUGGUUUAAGAUUUUAAAAUUAUCAGCCAAAUAAAUUGAUUUUCUUAAAAAAUACAGAAUUUAAGAUAAUAUAUGUUUAAAUUUUUAUUAAAUAUCUCAUAAGAAAAAGAAGAAAAAAUAUGCAGCCUAAAUUAUCAAUCGUAAAAAUUUCAAAUUCUAUGAUUAGCAAGAAAUUGUUAAUAAUUAUAUUAAAAUAUUAAGAAAUCAUAACAUCUAAAAUGUCUUUCCUAUUAUUAGUAUUUUUGAUGAUAAUGAUAUACUUUAUCUCUUAACUGAUUAAUUUAUAGGUAGUUCUUUUGAAUAAUUAUUAUCUAAUCAGAAAACUUAGCUUACUCAGGCUGAUUUAGCAUUUAUAAUUUUUUCUGUUCUUUAGAAUUUGAGAAGUUUAUAAGAUGAAGAUCUUUUUCAUGGAAAUAUAAAUUUAGACAAUAUCAUUAUUGUAAAUUAAUCAGGAUAGCUUGGAGUCUAUGUUAUCAAUCCAAUUUAUAAAGUACAGUUUUAUGCUUAACUUAGCUAUAUAAAUAAAAAUCUAUUGAUUAUUAUGUUCACGCUGUUCCUGACUAUCUACAUGCUCCUGAAAUUAAGGAAAAUUAAGUUCCUUCAGUUUGUAGUGAUAUUUACUAAAUAGGAAUUAUAUUGAUGUUAGUUAGCUUUUAUGGAAUGUAACAAAAACUUAAUAAUUCUUUUAUUUAAAGAAUACUUAACAAUAAAGAAACCUUGAUAUCUUAAUAAUAGGUUAAGUUUUAAAAGUGUCAAGAUUCGGAUUUUCCAUAUUUGUUUAGUGCUUGCUAAUUAGAUUUGAUUAAGUAGAUGACGGAAAAGGAUCCAAAUAAAAGGAUUUAGGUUCAAGAUGCAUUAAAACAUGCUUGGUUUAUUAAUACUAAAGAUAAAAUCAAAAUGCAAAAAUAAAAUUUUAAUAGACAUUUGCCAAGUCUUAAGACUAUUAUUGAAAUGGUAGAAUAAAGUGAUUAUGACAUUAAAAGAAAAUCACUUUAAACCACAGGCAUAAAUUUUAUCCAUUAAAUGGUAUCCAUCUAAAAAUACGAAUUCAGUCCUUACACCCAGUAAUAACCAGAAUUAAGUCCUCUUAGAAAAACAUCUGAAAGCUUAAACGAAGUUAUAGAUGAAGAACAUUAAAUUAGCAAUUUAAUCGAUUAGUUGAACAACAAAUAAUAUAUUAUGUUACCUUCACAAUUUAAUCAUUUCAAUUAAACCAAGAAUUAAUUGAGAUUAGUCCAAACUGAAAACAAUUUAGACUAAUUACAUAUUUGA